CGAAGCACGAAAGAGGAAGAAUUAGAAGGAGCAAGUCGAAGGUCUUUCACCGCCGAUUGCGUAUUGUAAUGGAGGUUGAACCAGACGAGAAGGAAUUGAAAGCUGCCGGAGCUCAGCUCCUGCCUGACGGACGGCGAGGUCUCCGCAUACAUGGUUGGGAGAUCGAGACUCACAAGCGCUCCAUUCUUACCUCCUCCAAUUUCGAGCAAUGGGAACAGAAACUUCAAACGUCUCACUUGCCAGAGAUGGUGUUCGGUGACAGUUUGUUAGUUCUCAAACAUAUGGAAACGGGAGUUCAAAUUUAUUUUAAUGCCUUUGAUGCUCUAACUGGGUGGAAAAAGGAAGCUCUGCCUCCUGUUGAGGUUCCUGCAGCUGCGAAAUGGAAAUUCAGAAGCAAACCUUCCCAGCAGGUGAUAUUGGAUUAUGAUUAUACAUUCACUACGCCAUAUUGUGGAAGUGAAACAAUUGAAGCAGAUACAGAGAAGCGUGGAAGAGAGCAAACAUGUGAAGAAAGCAUUGGUCUCUGUUGGGAGGACAGCAAGGAGAAAAUUGAUUUAGUCUCACUCUCACUAAAGGAGCCUAUCCUCUUUUAUGAUGAGGUAAUCUUAUAUGAGGAUGAGUUGGCUGACAAUGGCAUAUCACUUUUAACAGUUAAAGUGAGAGUCAUGCCAAGUGGUUGGUUUCUUCUUUUACGUUUCUGGCUUAGAGUUGAUGGAGUGCUUAUGAGAUUGAGGGACACUCGUAUGCAUUGCAUAUUUAGCAACAGUGAAAAUCCAAUAAUUCUUCGAGAAACUUGCUGGAGAGAGGCUACGUUUCAAGCUCUCUCUGAAAAAGGAUACCCGUCUGAUUCUGCAGCCUAUAGCGAUCCGAGUGUCAUCUGUGACAAACUCCAGAUCAUUAUGCAAAAGAAUCAAAAGCUUAGAGUCUCUGGUAAAUUAUGAUCUUGUAAAUUGAUACCACAUCAUUCUAGUUGAUUAGCAUUUCCUCAUGUAUGUUGGUGCUGAAGUUUUUCACUUAUAACAUUUAUUCCAUAAGUUGUUUGCAUCUUUUUUCUAGGCAUAAUGUUGUGGAAACUGGAAAAGCACAUAACAUUAGGUAAAGGAUAAUGGAAAAUACCUCUAUUUCCCCCCUCCAAA